UUGUUUGUUUUCUUGGCCUGGAUGAUGCAGUUGUCGGCAGUGUUCAUCGGGCUCGUAUGUCAUGCAGCAGAACCCCCAGCAUCUCAGUGGUCCAGCGAUGAACACAGAAACCUCACCCUGCGACAACACAGGACAUGUGUCGAGAAUGAGCAGUACCUCCACCAGGGCCUCUGCUGCCUCAACUGCCAGGCCGGAACAUUCGUAAAGAAGGAAUGCGAGAGAGACCAGGAACAAGGAACGUGUCUGUCCUGCGAGUAUGGGCAGACCUACACGGCGCACUCCAAUGGGAUGAAACGCUGUUUGCCAUGUACCCACUGUCGCCAAGACGAGUUUGAGACUUCCCCCUGCACAACAACUGCAGACACCAGGUGCCAGUGCAAACAAGGAACCUUCUGCAUCCCAGAUCAGGCCUGUGAAGUCUGCAAACGCUGUGCCAAGUGUAAAUCAGGUGAAGAGGAAGUGAAGAAGUGCACCCCUAUUUCAAACACAGUGUGCAGAAAGCGUGAUCCAUCAACUGAAACCCCUCCAGCAAACCCCCCGCCGACCCCUGCCUCUCCAACUAGCAUCGUGAUUCCUGUCAUUGUUUCCCUGCUCAUCCUCUGCCUUCUCAUUGGACUGUCUGUGUGGUGGUUCAUUAGCAGGCGUCGUUCCUGCAAAACACCAUGGUCAAAGAGCUCCUGUGACUCCAGUGAAAUUGUGAAGAUUCCCAUUGAUGAGAGUGGAGCCACAGCAGAAGAGAGACAAAACAACCAAAACGCAGGCCUUGAGGGUGAAGAGUCCCGCCCGGAGUCAAGGCCACUGCUGCAAGAGAGCGGGAUAACUAAGCCCUCUUCUCCCCUCGAAGAUGAAGAUCGAGGACUCGGGGACAGCCUGCCCAACACCACGAGUUCCUCUCAGACCAGCCUGUCGGCCCUGCCCACAGCAGCCUCUGCUGGGAACACCCCACACCAGAGCCCCUCUGCCUGCAGGCUGCUGCCUGAAAUGGAUGAUCCUCUACGACAUCGACUGCUGCCACUACAAGGUUCAGAAAAAUCCCUCCGGAAGAGCUUUGAUUUGUUUGACGAGUACCUGGAUGUGCGGAUCCACAACAAGUUCUUCAGAAUGAUCGGCGUCAGCGACAACCACAUCCGGAUCGCGGAGAAUGGCGCCCCCGCAGAUAAAGUCUAUGAACUGCUGAAGAACUGGAUGCAGAGGCAGGGACUCAAAGCCGACAUCAACGACCUGUUGGAGGCGUUGCUGGGCAUGGACCAGCGGCGCUCAGCUGAGUGCAUCGCCUCUGCGGCCAUCAGGAAGGGCUACUACAAGCACGCAGACUCCCCCUGA